UGCUUGUGCGCCGCGCUCCAGAUCUUUAGGAGACGCGAUGCAUUCACAACUCCGGGCUGGAGCGCAGCGGGGCUCGGCGGAGGGCUCUAGCCGGCAGUGACCGCUGCCUUGGCGGCUCCCUCCUCCUCCCCGGCUUCCCCUUCCUGCACGGGGCGGCUCCCCUGCGAUUGCAACUUUCUCCUCCGGCAUCCGAGCGACACAGUAACCUGUUACAGGCGUCUUCGCCUCGGCGCUCCAACUGACUCAUCCGGCGGUUGCCCCUGCCUCCUGGGGCUGGCGGCGCUUCUGCUGCGGCGCGCUGCGUGCUGCCGGAGUUCAUCUGCCCGCGAGCGCUUCGCCUCAUGCAGGUGUGGGGUCCGCUCCGCCGGCGCUUGGUAGCAGACCGGUGGCCGGCGGCGGCGGCCGCCCCUUUGGAUAGGCUGAGCGAUGCGUAAAUCGGCCGAGUGAACGCUUUCCCCCUUCCAUUCACUUGCUCCUCUUCUUUGGUUUCUCUUGUAGGCCUCUGCGGCAGAAAUGGAGAAAAUAAGGUCUGAAUGAAGAGUAGGCUGGUGGAAAACUACACAGCGAAAUUGCCAACGAGGAAAAAACCAUCAGCUUCGUGUUCACAGCAUCAUAGCAAUUCUUCAGCCUGCUCUUAAACCUGUGGGUGGCUUCACUGGAUCAGUCACAAAUCAGCUCUAUGAGAGGAAGACACAUCCCAAGUUAACAGUAACCAAGAUGAGGGUACGAAAUUCCUGGGUGCCAACCUGCCUAUGGCAAUCUAGAAUUCUCCAGGGCAGGCUCGCAAAAUCUUCACCUACCCUCUGGGACAGCACGCUGCAAGAGCAGAAGGGGGAACUUCGAAAGCGUCUCUCCUACACAACCCACAAACUGGAAAUGCUUGAAACAGAAUUUGAUUCUACACGCCAAUAUCUUGAAGUAGAACUGAGACGUGCUCAGGAAGAACUUGAAAAAGUGACAGAAAAACUGAGACGGAUACAAAACAAUUACCUAGCCUUACAAAGAAUUAAUCAAGACCUAGAAGACAAAUUGUACAGGAUGGGUCAACAUUAUGAAGAAGAAAAGAGAGCUUUAAGCCACGAAAUAAUAGCCCUCAAUAACCAUUUGAUAGAAGCCAAGGUGACAAUUGAUAAAUUGUCAGAAGAUAAUGAGCUCUAUAGAAAGGAUUGCAAUUUAGCUGCUCAGCUGCUCCAGUGUAGCAAGAAUUACGACAGGGCGCAUAAACUUUCUGAGCUGCCAUCUGAAUUUCAGGAACGUGUCAGCAUCCAUCUGGAGAAACAUGGAUGUAGCCUUUCAGUACCUCUGUGUCACACAUCAUUUGCGGACAACAUACCAACUUGUGUCAUUGCAAAAGUGCUGGAAAAGCCUGACCCAAACAGCCUCUCCUCACACUUGUCAAGUUCAUCGACCAGAGAUAUUGCCUUCCAGGACUGUGUUGGGAAACUUGGCCAAAGGCCUCAGUAUAAAUCUGACAUCUACUGCAGCGACACAGCUCUUUACUGCCCUGAAGAGAGAAGAAGAGAAAGGAGGCAGAGUGUUGACAUGCAAGUGAAAGACGUUGGGUUCUUGAGGUCCCAGAACUCCACUGAUAGCACAGUGGAAGAAGAUGGCUUCCAUUCCAGCUUCUCUCAUGAAGCGUUUCCAGAAUAUAUUACCUCUCUGCCUACUUCUAGCUCCUACUCCAGCUUCAGUGUCACAUCUGAGGAGAAGGAGAAUGCCCAAGCCAGCACACUGACGGCCUCCCAGCAAGCAAUCUACCUGAGCAGCCGCAAUGAGAUGUUUGAGAGGAAGCCAUCUUCAGGUUAUGACCACCAGGGGAGUCCAAGGUUUGCCAAGUCAAAAUCCAUCCAGCACAUGGAGUUGGCCGACGACAAUGAGAACUCCCCCUCCUUCACCAGGACUAUGUCGCCUUAUGCAAGUGAGCCUUAUCAUUUCUCGGCCAUAACUACUCAGCAAGCAUUAGCCUCUCAGAAAAUGCGCAGCGAAUGCAGGAACACCCAUCUGUCCGAAGAAGACCUCCCGGGACGGUGGAGGCAGCUGAGCGUUGAGGAUAUUGGUGCAUAUUCUUACAGGAACAGUGGUAGGCUUUCACCCUGCAGCUUUUCAGAGCAGUAUUAUAGGAGCCCCAUAAAGAAAGCAGACAGCCGGUCAAGUCCCAUUUAUGCUAGUUACAAAGCUGAUAGCUUCUCCGAGGGAGAUGAUAUUUGUCAGAGUAGACUUGUGGAUUCUUGCUUCCUGAGAACAGACAGUGGUCUAAAUAUUGAUAUCAGCACCAGCUGUAAACAGGACAAGCUGUCCUCAUACAAAACAAAAGACCUGAGAGACAAAAAAAAUGAAAGAAUCACAGUCCAGGUGUGCAGUAGCAAAAGCAUCGAAGGCAGCCCAGUGUUGAAAAGAGAGUAUGUUGAUGUUAGUCCCAACAGUUCAGCUGAGUCCCUCAACCAUAGUUCUAUGGAGGCAUCGGAGAUCCAUCAGUCUUCCAUUGAGCAAGGCAGCCAUUCAAGUCUUCAUAGCAAACAGCAGCAAUUUCAACGGACUGGAAGUACUGGCUUGAGUCGGAAGGACAGCCUAACAAAAGCACAAUUGUACGGAACCCUCCUAAAUUAAACAUCUUCCAAAGCUGCAAUAAGGAGACACAACCAAGACACAAGGGAGACAAAGAUGGCAUUUGAUACUUGCAUAUGGUAGACUGCUGAGAAACAGAAUUAUUAUAAAAUAUAUAUUCAUAUUCACAAUGGUACUGUUUUAAGGGGACAAAAACAAUCUAAAUCUGAUUUAAAAACAUUACACAGCACUUUUCACAUGAUGACUUUUCCAUCUUGGAUACCAACCCUUUGCCCACUUUUAUAACCUGAGAUAUUUUUAUAAACAAAAUCGUAUUUAUUAGACAGUCCUUAGUAUUCUCAAGCGCUUUGAGUGAUAUUUUUUGUUCCCUUCAAGUAGGUUUCUUAUUUAUUUUUUGUGCAUGAGGCCACCUGUGCCUAAACCUUUGGAGGACAGGGAGAGGGAGAAAGAGAGGCAGAAGGAGAGAGAGAGAGAGAGAGAGAGAGAGAGAGAGAGAGUCCUUAUCACAAUGACAAAUCAAACCCCUAUAAGAUUAUUUUUAAAAAGUGAAUUGUGUGCGGUGCAAGAUAUACAAGAAUGGUUGUGUUAUAAAGAAGUCUAUUUUUUAAAUGAAAUGGAACAGAAUUGACCCACUAACUUCUUUAAUACAAACGUAUUUGGGAAUAAAAAGAAUUGGAAAAAAUGCACAAAGUGAUACAGAUAGUUUGGUUCGUCUGUUCCGCUGUGUUUCUACUUCCCCCCCGUACACUACCUCAAAACUAAUUGAGGAUUUAUUUGUCACCUAUUUUUCUGUAGGCUUGCAUUUAUAUUGUCUCAAAUGCAUGGAGUGUCAUAAUUAGUACUGUAUUUUGCAUUACUUAAUAAAAAGACACCAGUGGAAGAGG